AUGGAAGAUACAACUCCGAAUCACAUUCCGCCACCCAUCUCCAGAGAUACUUUUCAAGCAGGCAGCAUGAAGCCACAUACAUACAGCAUGACCGCUAUCCGCGAUGCCAUUAUCGACCACCUGAACAGAUCCGAAGACGAGCUCACGGAGAGGCAAAGAUUGGCUUUGGAGAGAUACAAGUACCAAGGCAGCUGGAACAUGAGCCAGCCAACCAGUCUGGAAAAUCUGACCAAGUUCUACAACUUUUUCAAUGACAUCUUCUUCAAUGGCAUCUUAACAGGCUAUUGCAAGAUUGGAACUUACAAGGCUUUUCGUUUGAUACACGGGGAAGCAGCGCAAGAUCUUGAACAUGAGGACGAGUUCGCCGGCCAUGGGGAUUUUUGGCAGGCGAUAGCUAGCGAACUGGAGUUAGCAACCCGUGGGGAUAAGGGUGCAGCUCAUCAACUAUUCAACCUGCCGUUGGACUUGCAGAGGCAGACUUCAUUAUCAGCUGCCCUAUCAACUGGUGCAGAGUUACCUAAGGAGCCAGGACUUAGCAUGGUUCUGCGACAAUGGAGGUUCGAUUCUGGGGGUUUAUUUGAGGACUGUGAAAGACAGAGAGCGAUAAGGACAGCCUGGAGACGCGAGGCAGAAAUGGCCGUGAAAAGAUAUUUCCAGAUUGAGAGGAGAAACAUGUGUCUUACAAGCGGGUGGGUGGAAGGCAAUAAGUCUGAUUAUUAAAUCAACCUUUUCUUUUCAUGAGAUA